UUUGGGAGGAAAAGUAGUCAAAGGGGGAGUGGAGGAAUUGGGAUGGGCCAUCGCUGUUGCAGCAAACAGAAAGUUAAAAGAGGCUUAUGGUCUCCUGAAGAAGAUGACAAGCUCAUCAAACAUAUUACUGCCCAUGGCCAUGGCAGCUGGAGCUCCGUUCCAAAACUUGCUGGCUUGCAGAGGUGUGGAAAGAGCUGCAGAUUGAGAUGGAUAAACUACUUAAGACCAGACCUGAAAAGGGGUUCCUUCACGGCUGAAGAAGAACAGAUAAUCAUCGACGUUCAUAGAAUUUUAGGCAACAGAUGGGCUCAGAUAGCCAAGCACCUCCCCGGAAGAACAGACAACGAAGUGAAGAACUUUUGGAACUCUUGCAUUAAGAAGAAGCUGCUCUCACAAGGCCUGGACCCAAAAACGCACAAUCUGCUCUCUUCUCGUCAACGAGCCUCUAAUAAACUUGCAUGCCAUUCAUCAUCACAAACACAAGAACAGUCUUUCACAGUCUUCAAUAUGAGUUCACAGAAUAGAGAUGCCCCAAGGGUGAUGAUGAAAGCACCUGUUCUUACACUUCCCGAGCCACCACCUCCUCCUGAUCAAGUUCAUCGAUCCAUGGCCAUGCAGAUUCCCUUCUCUGAAUGUCAAAGCCCUAACUUUGUUGGAACCGGUUAUGGUCAGAAUCCCAAUGAAUCCGCCAUAUUCCCUUAUGGUUCAUCCGUGGAAAGCACAAUUAUUUCUUCAUCUCCUUCCUCAAUUCCAUUACCUGGGUUUAAUAAUCUCUUGGACGAAAAUCCUUGCAUUUGGGAGGCCAACGCUUUCGUUGAAACCUUUGAAGCACCAACAGUGGAAGGCAUACAUGCACAAGAACAACCACAGCAAGAGAAAGAGAAGAUAUGCGACAUGGCAAUCGACAAAAUUGAUGAAGCUAGGGAAGAAGUGCACGAAAUGGAUGCUUCAUUUGACAGUUGUAGCUUUGACCUUGGCCUUCUCGAGUCUACACUCAUCUCUGCAGCAAUGUGUCGUGAUUUGAGCUCCAUGGAUGAUUUUGCAUGGAACUUUUAGCCCUCCUUAAUUAUGUGCAUAUAUUUAUUAACCCUACAGGUCUACCCCGGGUUAUCCGUUCCAAUUAUUUCAUGGAACUGCUUUUCCUGCAACGUUUUCAAUCCUUAAGUUUAUGAAAUUCCUAAUUGAGUAGAGGUAAGGCGUUUGAUUCAUUUUGCUUUUCAAAUAGAGUAGUUUUUUUUUUUUUUGAGAUACAGCAGUAUUGUACAAAGAGAUUUAUAUAAUUAUUUGCCUUUUACA